AUGGAAGUCAUCGCGAAUCGUCUCGCCAACAAGGAACUUUGGGUGCACAGCGAGUACUUGGACACCGUCAACCGGAUAGAGCACACGUUCCAAAGAAAGACGUUCAUCCCGCCCCAAACGUGCGAUGCGUGCAAGCGGCAAAUGUGGAUUACAAUCCUGAACAAGCUCCGGGACUUGUGUACACAAAGCACUGACGGGCAAUUCGCGGAAGAAAUUCUCACAAAGUUCAUCGAGCCUUCAUCACCGUCUGUCCGACAACCGCAGCACAGCCCUGGCGACCGGGAGAUCCAAAGAAAACGCGCCGUGAAACGAAGCAAUGCCCCUCACAUCACCCACACUCCGACUGCGUCAACCCUAUCCUCAGCACCAUAUCCGCGCGAUCGCUCCUCGUCGGCGCCAAAUAUCAAUGCCAUCAACGAAGAAGGGGCGAGCCUGGAGCACGAUCGCGUUAUGGCCGAGCUCGAAAAGCGCGAUGAUCCGAAGAUAAUGAACUCUGCUCGUCAUCCGGGUGCACAGCGAUUGAUCACGACGAACAGGCUUCAAACUGGCGGAUCACCGUGUUCAUCUACAUCACCCUCUUCGACAUGCUCAUCGCCACCGGCGCACUCGCUUCAUCCGUCUCAUCUGUUCCCAAAUGCGAUGCCGCUCACGCCUCCACAGAGCGCCCCGCCUCAAAAAGUUUCGACACAGUUCUUCCGCGGUCGAAGCAAAAGCCCCGGGGACAAAUUGGAUACGAUUCAGCCGCUUCGGUCAAAGACUAAAAAGCAGUUGGAGGAUUGGGAGAUCGAUGCUGCGAUGAUAUCUUGCCAGUUCAAACAGCCUACAGGCUCCAUACUUUGGAUGGCUCCUGAAGUGAUUCGGAUGCAGGACCCGAAUCCUUACACCUAUAAAAGUGAUGUUUACGCGUUUGGAAUCGUGAUGUACGAGGUGCUGGCCGGUCUGCUUCCAUACAGCCACAUAAACAGCCGCGACCAAAUUCUAUUUAUGGUUGGUCGCGGUUUCCUCCGGCCCGAUUCGUCCAAGAUUCGCCCUGAUUGCCCCAGAGCGUUGAAGGAGUUGAUGGACCGAUGUAUAAAAUUCGAUCGCAAUGACCGCCCUGGGUUCAACGAUGUCAGUGAUAGCCUGCAGGAAAUCGCGUUGCCGAAAUUGACCCGAUCCGCCUCGGAACCACUUCUUCACACAACGAGUAUCGAAUUCUGGAGCAAGCACGCAGCUGCCAGCUUCCUGGAC